GCCCAACCUGUCUGUGUGUGUGCGCGCGCGCGUCUUCUCCCUCGGUGCUUAAAGGAUAGACGCAAAUCUUCGUUGUUUACACAAAAAACUUCGCCUCUUCUCUGGGUUUUAAAGGACAACGCCUCGGAUUACAGUAGGAUUUACACGUUUGUUGUUAGGCUACAGGUGUUUUUUUUUUGGUGACUUUUGUUUUAAUUAUUGAACGAGUGCGCGGACUUCGACCUCUGUUCAGGACCUACAUCAAACAAGGAAGUAUUUUCAGUCUGUUGAAGCCUUUGGCUGAUGAAGCCUUUCAGACCUUUGUAAAUGGCACUGAAUGCUCUUUACUGUCUGUUUCCAACCGAGGAAGGACUUUAUUCUCAAUGUUGAGCCUUUAACGUUGGCUUGUUUGUGAACAGUUCCACUUUAUCUGGAUAAAGCUGCUUCCUCCCUCCCUCCUUACAGUCAAGAUGAACGUGUCAUUCCAAGACAUGGAUCCAGCAGCUGAGAAUAAUUCUGUCGUUCACUUGGCUGCACCAAUUCUCCCAGACAAGUCAUCCAUCUCCAAUAUGACCAUCAUCGUGACAGGCAACGGGUCAAUCAGAGAAGACCAGAUUUUUCUAAACACACUGGCUGCUCAGGCCCUCUCUGGGAUCUUUGUGUGGUCUGCUUUGCUCAUAACAUGCCAUCAGAUCUACACACACCUUCGCUCGUACACGGUCCCUAAUGAGCAGCGUUACAUCAUCCGCAUCCUGUUCAUCGUGCCAAUUUAUGCCUUUGACUCUUGGCUCAGCCUGCUCUUCAUCAGUAACGACCAGUACUACGUCUACUUUGAUUCUGUUCGAGACUGCUACGAAGCGUUUGUCAUUUAUAAUUUCCUGAGCCUGUCCUUUGAGUAUCUGGGAGGAGAGAGCGCAAUCAUGUCAGAGAUUCGUGGGAAGCCCAUACAGUCAAGUUGCCUAUAUGGUACCUGCUGUCUCGUUGGGAUGAGUUAUUCCAUUGGCUUUUUAAGAUUCUGCAAACAGGCGACUCUCCAGUUCUGCGUUGUCAAACCCAUCAUGGCAGUCAUCACCAUCAUCCUGCAGGCCUAUGGCAAAUAUCAUGAUGGAGAUUUUAACGUUAACGGCGGAUAUCUGUACAUCACCAUCAUCUACAACUUCUCAGUCAGCCUGGCGCUCUACGCUCUCUUCCUCUUCUACUUCGCAACCAGUGACCUGCUGAGGCCGUAUGAACCCGUGCUCAAAUUCCUCACAAUCAAAUCUGUCAUUUUCUUGUCCUUCUGGCAAGGAAUGGUGCUGGCCAUCUUGGAACGCUGCGGGGUUAUUCCCAACGCUCUGUUCAUCGACGGUCAAGAGGUCGGCGCCGGCACCGUGGCGGCCGGCUGGCAAAACUUCAUCAUCUGCAUCGAAAUGUUCUUCGCCGCCAUUGCCCUUCGAUACGCCUUCACCUGCACCGUCUACCAGGAGAAGAAAAGUGAAGUGCCAGAGAACAUCCCCCCAAUGCAGAGCAUCUCCAGCGGUCUGAAAGAGACCAUAAACCCAGGAGACAUGGUGCAGGACGCCAUCCAUAACUUCUCCCCGGCGUACCAGCAGUAUACCCAGCAGUCCAUGCAGGAGGUGAUGCCGCCCAGCUCCAAUGGAAAAGUGGCCACAGGCACCAAGAGCUCCAGCAAGUCUGACAAAAUUAUGCUCAUCACCUCUGACGAUGAGUUCUAGGCAAUUUUCCAGCCACAUCCAGGUGUUUGCGUUCAUGCCACCUCUAUCUGUGACCCCCCCCACCGGGGAAACAGCUGUAGCACAUAAUGCACCAGGGCUGAAUGGUGUUUAAUUCUCAUUAUCAUAAUAUUUAAGAUGGACUGCAUAUUUCUGUGUGUUUUUAUACAUAAUUGAAACACCAAAGAUGGUGAAAAUAGUAAUAAUUUGAAUAAUGAUAGCUCAAUUUCCAGAGAGCUAAACUGUUUUCAUUCCAGCAGUAAUAAUCAGAAGAAAAUGACAUGUCAUCUUGUCUGUGACAUGUCUGUGUAGGAAAGGUCUGAUGCAGUGAUUUUUUUUUUUUUUAAUUUUUUUUUUUUUUUAAAUCAAUCUUGUGGAUGUUCAGCAGUGUCCCUGAUCUUGAUUCUGUCAUCAUCCGUUGUCAUUAUGUCGGCGCUCGCUCCCCGGCCGUCUGAAGUGUUCCCUCUUAUUCACGUCGUUUUCCAAAAGGAGAUGAUUAAUACGUGACUCCAGGUGGCGAGCGGAGAAGCCAGCGACUGGCUGGGAAUGACUCUUCAUGGACUGUGUCUUGCAUCUGCUUGUUUGAAGUAUUUUGCUGAGCAUUCCUCUGCCUGUUUCCUGACAAAUGGGAGGAUUUGUUCAAAGACGCAUUCGUUUUUUUGGAGCAGGCACUUCAAACUGCAGACUAAAGCACUGCAGAAUCCUUUGUACCACUGCAGCAUGGACAAAUAGGAUAAACCUGUCUCCUACAAAAUGCGAGUUGUGUUAUUCUCUCAUUAAUUUUCCCAGCUUGAUAAAGAAUAUAAUUCACUUCAACUAGACAGCUGUUGAACAGUCGCUAACAAUUAGUGUUUUGCAGCUUCUGUGAUAUUAUGAAAAGCUUUUAGCAGUCUUUGUGUUCGGCGUGUUAACUAUUCAUAUUAUAAUUCCGUGUCCAAGGGAUUACAAGACAUGGAGUGAAUUUGGUUGUAUAAUGCUAAAUUGUGGUGUUAAAUAUAUUCUGUUUAAGUGAAUUAUGAAUUGAUGCUCUUGCGUGUGUAGCUCAGGAGUAAAUCUGCUAUAUUGUAA